AUGGAUUUUGAUCUCGACCUCGACCUGGAAGAUGAAAACGACGCGGUAAAAGUAAAGGUGAAUGAUGAAGACUUCUUGUCUCUUCUAGACGACCUGGAUGCAGCUGCUUUCGUGUGCGCCACUCAAACGCCCCUGACCCUGGCCGAGCUGUGCCACCAGACCAUCAUCGACCAGUGCGCUGCCGUCUUCUCGGCCAUCAUGCGAGGCGAGCAACAGCGUGCCAGCAGGGAAGAGGAGGAAGAAGAGCAGGACGCGGGCCUGCUGCUGCCGGCGGAGCUGGCGGACGAAGUGGCGGCGACCAUGUCCGCGCGUCGGCUGUGGACCAACGAGCUGUUCGAGUUUGCGCUGAGGAGGGUGGGCAUGAGCGUGGUGGAGCUCUCGGGCCAGCCUCGGUUGACCCGCGCCGGCCCGCUGCUCAACUCCCCGCGCUACCUCUCGAACCUGCGGCGUCUCAACGUUGCGUCCGUGACCCUGGGCUCGUCGCUGCUCGAGCUGCGCGCGCGACCGCUGCUCGAGGAGGUGGUGCUCAAGAGCACGGACCUGCAUGCGGUGACGCUGGCUGACUGCCCGAACCUGCACCUCGUCGAGCUCGCCACCACCGACCUUCAGUCCUUGCGCGUUGAGAGGUGCCCCUCGGUUGAAACGUUCAGCCUCCAGACCAACCACGUCGUGGAUGCGGCCGUUGCGCAAGUCGUUGAAGGCUGCCCUAACCUCCGCGACCUGCACUACACCGCCAGGCCUAAGGAGAUCGACGGGCAAGAGGUCCCCGUCGUGUUGCGGUUGGCCGACAGGGAAGCGCAGCUCGAGCGGCUGGAGAUAUUCCACAGCGGCAUCCGGAGCAUCGAACUGACCGGCGGCUGCCCGCACCUGAGCAAGCUCACGCUCCAGCGCUGCCGCCUCCUUCGCUCGGUCCACAUCACCGAGGCCAGGUCGCUGACGCACCUCCGUCUGGACAACAUCAACAACAGGCGCGACUGGCCGGGACCGGCCGGGACCACGGACGAAGCUGCUGGCGCUGAUCAAGAAGAGGUGGAGGAGGCGUUCGUGCGCAUCGAGGACGCAUCGCAUCUGGCCGUGGUCGAAUUCAGGAACUCAAUCAAGCUCAUCCACCUCGUCCACGGCGCCGUGGAGCCACGUGCGCACGACAUCGCCCGGCUGCUGCUCGAGCGCGACGCCGCCUGUGGGCUCUCCGCACUUCGGUUGCUCCACCUGGAGCUCACGCGGGAGAUCGACGACUUCGUGCUGCUGGCCAGCGGCAACACAUCGGUCCUGCCCGCGCUCUGGCGUCUCGUCCUGAUCGGCAAGCCCAUCCGCAACGUGGCCGUCGGCGGUAUGCCCGAGCUGUCCAGCGUGGAGCUGGGCGACUGGCACGACGGGUCGCCGACGGGCGACGCCAGCCGCGACAUCAUCGACGGCCGCGUGUCGGUGGCUGGCCCCAUGGUCCGCACCGUCCAGCUGUGCUCGCUGCGCGUGCGCGACCUCCACAUCGACUGCCCGGCCACGCGCCAUCUGCUCUCUGCCGGCCCUGCAUGUGGCCGAGCACUCAGGCCUCGCCGACGAAGACGCCGAGCUACCGGCCUCGACACUACGACGGGCAGCCCAGGCGACCGGACUCAGCCAGUGGCUGAGGUAGGUAGAUUAGAGAGAUAG